GGCUGGCUCGCCCCAGCCACUCUGCAGGCGGACGGGCGACCUGGGGGUUCCGAAGCUAACGCUUCGCCUGGGUCCCGGCGCUCCGGGCGCCAGCCCGUGGCCUGGAUGCCCUGUGUCCGGGUCCUCCAUCUCCUGGCCGCCGUGGGCGUCUGUGGCGCGGUGGCCUUCCUAGGCUACUGCGUUUACUUCGACAGGAAGCGGAGGAGCGAUCCCGAGUUCAAGCGACGGUUGCGGGACAAAAGAAGAGCAGAGCAGCAAAAGGCUAAGGAACGGGGUGUGCAGUCUCGAGAGGCUUUGAGGAAUGAAAAGCUGCAACAGUUCUUUCUUCAAGAGGUGCAAAUGGGAGAACUUUGGUUAUCCAGAGGUGAACACAAAAUAGGAGUUGAACAUCUAAGCAAUGCCAUUUUAGUAUGUGGGCAGCCACAGAAACUUCUGGACGUUUUCAAACAAACACUGCCUCCUAUGGUCUUUGAUAUGCUGAUGCGCAAACUACCUGCGAUGUGCCAGCAAUUUGAGGCAGAAAUGAAUGAACGGGAAUGCCUUGAGGAUGAUCCUGAGUGAAAAAUAUUUCAGGUAAGUAUUCAGAUAGACUCCAAUCUGGAUACUAUGGUAAUUCUUGGUAUAAACAGCUGCUUAUUGAUAAAAAUAUGAACUUAAAUGUUGCCACUUAUUUUACUUUUGGUAAUAAAAAUAAUUUUUAUGUUACACAUGAUUGAACACAUACUUUGCUUUAAAAUUAACAGUCACAAUUGAAGAAACAAUGGUUUAUUUUGCUAAUCAAGUGGCCAGGCUGUUGAAUUUUAAGGCCCCCACAAAGGUUGCAUCUUAAUACUUUCAUUGCACAGUAAGACAAGAUCUUGUACUUUGCUUAUUCCUGGUAAGAAGCACAUUUGUUUCUCCAAUGGUUUCCACUUGCGAAAUGCUCAAAAUCAAUGACAUGGUGAAAAUUAUCCACAACAGUUUAAGAUCAAAAGAACUCCUACUUCCAAUGCAACAACUGUUGGCACUGCUAUAUGGAAAGGUCCAUCCAUUAACACUUUUCUAUCGUGGUUGGCCAAGGAGUCCUGCUUUGGCAGCCAGAGCUUCAUUCUGUUGAAUGUGAUACUCUUGAAAUCUCAAGGAUAUUCUUUGUGUCAUUU